AGUAAAUAUUUUCUUCCCCAAAUUUCUCCCCUUAAAGAGGAGUAGAUAAAAUUGGUUUAGGUUUAGUCUUAUCUGUUUUAAUCGUUCAUCUCUAAUUGAACCAAACAACAUAAAUAACCUCUACCCCGCAUUCCCUACUAAACAAACACCGUUGCCGCCGGUUGGGUGUGUCAACAAGUCUAAGAGUUUAGUGAUUGUGAUAAAUCUUAUAGCAUCGAGAAAUUAAGAUUUUUAUGUGGCUAUGGGAGGAGGAAGGAAGAAUUUGAAAAGGGCAUCAGAGGAAAAGCAUGUAACUCUUCAAGAUGGACAAAGCAUCAUGCAGGUCGUGUCUCUUCGAGGUUCCAAUCUUAUUGAGGUCAUGGAUGCACGUGGUGAGAAAUCACUAGCUCUAUUUCCUGCUAAAUUUCAGAAAAGCAUGUGGAUCAAACGAGGGAGCUUUGUUGUGGUUGAUGAAAGUGGAAAGAUAGAGGCUCUUGAAUCAGGAAGCAAGGUUGCAUGUCUCGUUUGUAAAGUUCUUUUCUAUGAACAAGUCCGAGCGUUACAGAAAUCUACAGAAUGGCCUGAAAUUUUUAAAGACGAUUUAAAUGAAAGAACCACCGCCCAACAAGAGAAUGAGGAUGACACAAGUGAUGAUGAUGGACUUCCUCCAUUGGAAGCCAAUACAAACAGGAUGAGACCUUUUGAGUUGCAUGGUGAUGAAGAUUUUGAAUCCAAUUCAGAUACUGAUGAUUAUAUAGUUGGCUCCCAUAGUUCAACCAAAACUAUAUAAUGCAUGUUCUUGCCCUGUAUACCAUGUGUUGAUUCUCUCGUGUAAAGAAUUGACUUUGCAUUAACAACUCAAACUAUGGAACACAAACAAUUAUAUGUUUAAUUUAUUACACAAUUUUGUUUUUUGUU